AUGGAGAUCCCCGAUGGCGCCGGCUCUCGCCUCGCGAUGUUCUCGGCGAGAUUCGACGGGGGCCAGGUUGAGCAGAAGUUUCGUGAGGUCCAGAAAAUCUUGCAAGCACACAACUACGACACGCUCAUGGUCGAGGCAGAUGCCGGAGAAGACUUCGGCAUGCUGACCAUGCAGUACCUCUCCCAGCUUGACGAGGAGCGGGGAAUUCUUCUCGCAGUGUGCACCGAGCACUACGGUGAGAUGACAAGCUCGAAGUACAGCUCGUUUUGGGAGCUGAAAUAUGCGUACGACCGCGACCUCGCGAUCAUGCCCCUGAAGGUGUCCAAGGUGUAUCCGCCCAGGCCUCCGUUCGGUGCAGACCACCCGUACGACAAGAAGGGCACCGCCCGCGGAUUUGUGAAAAGCGCCAUGCCCAGCAGCACGGUGUACAUCAACUGCCUUGACGAGCCGGGUGAGAAUCUCCUUGCAGCCCGUGACAUCGCUGCGCUGAUCGCGGCGAAGCUGCGCAAGGGCAAGGCGAACGCAACCGCAACACGGGGGACACCAGUUGAGGUUGCAGCUCCCGUGGCCAUGACCAGCCACGUCGGCUACCCAGCCCAGGCGAAGCGGCCCGUCAGAGGAAUGCGGUCAUUCCUUUGGGCAGAUUGCUGGAAGCGCUGCUUCUAUCACGCGGGCGUUGGCAGCUUCGAUGACGACACGUUGUGGAAGGAGGUCGAAAGGCAAUUCCGUGCCUCUGAGUUCAACGCGUCCUCGACAUUGAAAGCCCUGAAGAACUUCGCGCCGCCCGGGCGGCCCUACCCCGCUGAAGCGCGCCAAUUCGUCAUGCAGGAAAGCAAGAGAGUGAUGCGGUGCAAGGGUAACAUCCAGGAAGCCACAAAAGCUGCGGAACCCGGGGGCCUCGAGGAAUUGGUGAUACUGCUCCUUUUCGCCGUGGACGAGGAGCUGCACAUGCCGUUCUGCUCCCAAGUCCCCGCGGAGGCCUGGCGGCAGCUGGAGGCCGCGCGCUGGGAGAAGCUGAGGGCAGCCGACUUCUCUUGGUGCUUCCAGACAGACUCCCAAGGCGCGGCGGGGGCCGCCUUUCUCCUCGCAGCACUGGCCCGCUGCAGUGAGCUCCAGGAGCUGAACAUGGACAAGUGCACCCACGUCCCCGCGGAGGCCUGGCGGCAGCUGGAGGCCGCGCGCUGGGAGAAGCUGACAAAAGCCGACUUCGAGGGGUGCUUCCAGACAGACUCCCAAGGCGCGGGGGCCGCCUUUCUCCUCGCAGCACUGGCCCGCUGCAGUGAGCUCGAGGAGCUCAACAUGCAGUACUGCUACGAAGUCCCCGCGGAGGCCUGGCGGCAGCUGGAGGCCGCGCGCUGGGAGAAGCUGACAAAAGCCAACUUCGAUAGGUGCUUCGAAGAUGGCUCCCAAGACGCGGCGGGGGCCGCCUUUCUCCUCGCAGCACUGGCCCGCUGCAGCGAGCUCCAGGAGCUGAACAUGAACUGCACCCACGUCCCCGCGGAGGCCUGGCGGCAGCUGGAGGACGCGCGCUGGGAGAAGCUGAGGAGAGCCGACUUCUUUGGGUGCUUCUCUUUGUCCGAAUUCGCGGAGGGGGCCGCCGGUCUCCUCGCAGCACUGGCCCGCUGCAGCGAGCUCGAGGAGCUCAACAUGCAGUACUGCUACGAAGUCCCCGCGGAGGCCUGGCGGCAGCUGGAGGCCGCGCGCUGGGAGAAGCUGACAAAAGCCAACUUCGAUAGGUGCUUCUCUUUGUCCGAAUUCGCGGAGGGGGCCGCCGUUCUCCUCGCAGCACUGGCCCGCUGCAGCGAGCUUCAGGACCUGCGCAGUGCCAGCUACUUGCCAUGGAGGACCACAGCAAGCUCAACUAGCCUGAAUUCGCCAAGUCCUUCUCCUUCAUUCGGAGCGGCUGCCGUUUAG